UGUCAAAGCGGCUAAAAGUGUAACAAUUCGCUGACCAUGGCGUUUCUAACAAUUGCUCUUUUGUGUAUCGCAUUAACAUUGGUCUACAAUUAUUAUGUGAAUACCUAUACCUACUGGAAACGGCGGGGAGUUCCCUAUGAGACACCUCUGCCAUUUCUGGGCAAUAUGAAGGGAGUAGGAACGGAAAUCCAUUUUAGAGACCUCUAUCUGAGAUAUUACAAUCUCUUCAAGGGAAAGGCUCCAUUUGCGGGCAUGUUCAUGUUCAUCAAACGAAUUGCUUUUAUUAUCGAUUUAGAUCUUGCUAAACAGGUGCUUAUCAAGGACUUCAAGAACUUCCCGGAUCGUGGAGCUUUCAACAAUGUUCGCGACGAUCCACUUACAGGAAAUUUGUUCUCUCUCGACGGCGAGGAAUGGAAAGCCAUGAGACACAAGUUGACUCCUGUCUUCACUUCGGGCAAGAUGAAGCACAUGUUCAGCGUUGUGGUUGACGUAGGCCAUCGACUUACCUUAACGAUGGGUAAAUAUGCCAGUGACGCCGCUGCAGAUGAUGGCGAUGUGGAGAUCAAGGAAUUGUGUGCUCGAUAUACAACCGACGUGAUUGGGACCUGUGCCUUUGGACUUGAGUGCAACAGUUUGGCCGAUGCAAAUGCUGAAUUCCGUUACCAAGGUCGCAUGAUAUUCGAGAAAUCGCGAUAUCCACGAAUUAUGCAAGCUUUUAUCAUCACCAAUGCAAAUUUGGCAAGAAAGUUACGCUUCAAGGGCUUGCCCGAUGAUAUUUCGAAGUUUUUCAUGGAUGCCGUCUCAAGCACAGUCGCUCAUCGGCUUAAGAAUAACAUUAAACGGAAUGAUUUCCUUGAUCAGUUAAUCCAAUUGCGUGCAGAAAAUCAAGAGGAAGCUCGUCGAGGCAAUGGAAUUGAUCUCUCAAAAGGUUUGACUAUUGAGCAGAUGGCAGCACAGGCUUUUGUUUUCUUCGUUGCCGGUUUUGAAACAUCUUCUAGCACUAUGGCUUUCUGUCUUUAUGAAUUGGCUAUUCAGCAAGACGUUCAGCAGCGUUUACGCAAUGAGAUUGAAAGAGUGCUGGCGGAAUCGUCCAACGGAGAGAUUACCUAUGAAGCCAUUAACAAAAUCACAUACUUGGAUCAAGUGAUAUCAGAGACACUGAGAAAACAUUCAAUUGUGGCGCACUUAAUGCGAGUGGCACAAGAGGAUUACAAAGUUCCUGAUACCCAACUAGUUAUCGAGAAGGGCACAACACUUCUCAUACCGAUCUACGCUAUUCAUCGGGACCCAGAGAUUUAUCCUGAACCCGAACGUUUUGAUCCUUCACGUUUCGAACCUGAAGCAAUCAAGGCACGUCAUCCAUAUGCCUACAUGCCUUUUGGAGAAGGACCUCGCAACUGCAUAGGAGAACGUUUUGGCAAAAUGCAGGCCAAGAUUGGUCUGGUCUCGCUCUUGAGGCAUUUCAAAUUCAGUGCAUCCAAGUACACAGAAGUGCCAUUGGUUCUCGAUCCAAGCAGCCUCCCGCUCUCUAGCAAAAAUGGCAUUCACCUCAAAGUAGAAAGACUUUAAAAUGUAAUUCAAUGCAUUUUCAUGUCUAACUUUACGGAGACAACUGUUAGUUUGAUGGCAUUUACCAAAAGUUAAAUAUGUAAUUGUUUAACUUUUUAACGUGACGGCCAUUUGAUAAGACUAAGUGUUAUCGAAGCUUUAGAGUCGAAAACUAAAUGCUUCGAUACUAUUGGUUUAAUAUGAGUUAUAACAAUGUCAAAAAUAAUAAUAAAUAAUCUUACGUAAAUUUUAUCUCAAUGUAAAAUUGUUAUAAAAAUGAAUUCACAGUAAAUAGUUCUUAAAUGUAAGUACCUAUAUACAAAUUGAAUACAAUUUAUGUUGCAAAAGGUCAACCCAGCUUUAAGGAACAUUAUUCGUUAGUAGUUGCUCGAGUUUUCAUAACUUAAUCAAUAAGAAUUAAUAUACUUUCAUAUGUAAAUAUUCGUAUCAACUACGAAAAAUGUCUAAACUAA